AUGAGAAUAACUGCGCGAGCAGACAUGGAAUCACAUGACAUUAAAAGGUAUGGAUUCAUUAACGAAAACAGUGAUCUUGAUAACUUACAACCUGCUAUCAACGUGUUGAAAAGUGAAGAACUCAUUUAUUAUAUCGAUUCUAUAGUGGUCAUAUAUUCUCCAUGGCUGCAUACUCAAAGAUAUUUUCUUCAACAUAUAAAUCAUAUAUCUUGUUUAACGGUUGAUUAUGAAGGUACGAUGGUGGCAACAGGGGAACGUCACGAUAACCAAAAUUAUUUGGCUAGCUUAGACAAUAGCAAUGAUCAUGUUAUGUUACUAUGGGAUCUAAAAAAAUCCAAAGUACUAGCUAGAAUUUCGUUAAAUAAAAUGGCAAUUCGCAGAAUAAUAUAUGCAAGGGCUUUCCAAAUUUUUACCAUCGGUCGUUUUAUUUUAAAUGUGUGGAAGAUCAACAUAUUUCUCGAUACUUUUGAAGAAUUAAACCAAAUUUCUUAUGAAAAAUUAAUUACUUUAUCAGAAAAUUCAACAGAAAUUUUUGAAUUUACAAGCGUGGUUUACGACCAAAACAAAGAAAUACUCAUUACUGGAGAUUCCUUAAACAAUAUAACAAUGUGGAAUCUUAACUUGAAAAUUAUUCGGCAAAUUUUCCAAACACAUGAAUCAUGUGUAACUGCUUUAUUCUUCAACUUCAACAAAUUGAUAUCCGGAGGCAAAGAUGGUUACUUAAAAUAUUGGAAUCAUUUAACUUGUGAUUUACUCGCCGUAAUUAAAAUUCCUUAUCGCGAUGGUGGUAUAGCUGCUAUUCAAUUAUUAAACAAUAACAUCUAUUUGGGAACGGACACUAACGCUAUAUUAAAAGUGGCAUUCAAAACCGAUAUGACGCAAAAAAACUUUCUUGAAGAUGAUAAUAUGUUUUCAACCUUCGAAUUGAACACAGAUAAUUACAUAUUAACUGCAGUAAAUCAUAAUUAUUUUAAUAUCAUAACCUUAUCAUAA